UGGGCUUCUCUACGAGCUCCGCACACAGAAAAAGCCCUUUAUUAUUUUACGAAUAGCCUAGAGAACAACAGUGUACUGGGAGUGGGCUGGACAAUUGUUGUUCGCAUUCAAAGAAAGCAACGGCGUCGUUCGUUAGUCAUCAAUCUAUUCCAAACGGCAAAACAACUUCCACAAGGAGAGAAAACGCCGACGGUCAUCGCCCCGCUGCCGAACCGCCGAGCAGAGAGAGCUCCGUCGGCCAAUCCAUUACAAAUCACCAUCCAUGGCCGCAGGGCUACCGCUUCUCCGCCGCGUCAUCGCCGUAGACGCCGCGAUAUCUCGAUUCCUCCACACCCUCUUCCAUCCCUACUUCCCAACGGCGCUCCUUCUCCUCCUCGAGAUCUCCGCCGACUUCCGAUUCUCCUUCCCGAUCUGCCUUGCCCUCCUCUUCUCCCCACUCUCCCCGGCACUCCUCCCUCUCUUCAGUCCUCUGCUCUUCGGCCUCCUCCUCGACCUCGCCGUCGUCGGCCUCACCAAAGCCAUCUUCCGCCGCCAGCGCCCGCCCUACAACCACUCUUCCAUGUCCGCCGUCGUCGCCGUCGACAAAUUCUCCUUCCCCAGCGGACACUCGACCAGGGUCUUCUUUGUCGCAUCCUUGGUUUCUCUCUCGGGGACCGCAAUUGAGGCCGCUCUGCUCGAGCUGAAGGCCGGCGGAGGGCUGGCUGAGCAGUGGAUUGUUGGUGGUGACGAGGGCAGAGUGGUGGAGAUAGUGGCGAUUGGCGUCUUCGCUUGGGCAGCGAUUACGGCGUCGUCUAGAGUUUUCCUUGGCCGGCAUUUCUUCCUUGAUGUUGUGGCAGGGGUGUGUUUGGGAGUUCUUGAAGGUCUUGUUGCUUUUCGAUUCCUGCGGUUUGAGAAUUUCCUAAGGCACCCUACUUUAUCAGAAAGUCGCCGAGGUUGCAAAUUGAGUGCUUGCAAUCUGCAUUAGGUGCUUCCUCCGCGGGGAAGAUUGGAUGAACUCUCUUUGAAUUUCUAUCAACAGAGGAUAGCGGGAGACUAAAUGCCUCUUGCAGUGUCCCAUGAAAUCUCGGUUCAGUCAUAGGACAAAUCCAUGGAAGCCAAAAAUGGGAAUCAAGAACCAACAAGGGAUAUUGUGGUAUCAAUCAACCAUCUUACAACGGUUGGGGUAGUUUUUGCCUUCACGAGGCUUCUGUUAUGGCUCUGCUUUAUCAAGUUGUAGCUAACAAAGAACAGUGUGGUGACUGGAUUCUGGACAGCUUGAUUCAAUUCAAGUCUUUCCUUGGUCAAUCUAUUUGCGGAUUGGACCGGUCAAGCUGCUCAUUUAUGAGUUUAUGGCCAAACUUAGUACAAAAAAGUUGAUACCUAAGGAAGGAUGGAGUAGAUAGAUAUGUUGACAUAAUGCUGAGAGAGAACUGUCGACUGUUACCUAUUUGAUAUUGGCUUUACAUGCUGGGUUGCUAGGCAGGCAGCAGCUUGUGAAUUCCUAAAACUUUUUUUCUGCCAAGAAAGUGAGGUAAACAUGUGAGGAGCUAGCUUACUGGGUUUUCUUCUCUUCCUUUUCUUUUUUCCACCCUUGGUAGUAGUUUGUAUUUUACAAAAGCACAUAAUUGUUUUGGGAUGAAACAUUGAACACAUUUUUGGGCAUAUUGUCAUCAACUCGGUGGAAAGGGGUAUCUUCCCUUUUACCCCCCAAGAAAUGUUCAGAGGACCACUGAGAGAAAGCCAAUCUAGAUUCUGGGUAGUACUCAUCAGGAGGGGGUUGAUAGCCCAGCAGGAGUGUGGAUUUAUUGCAUCUCUCUCUCCCUCUCCCUCUCUUGCUCUGUUGUGUUUGUUUCUUUGGCUUUUCAGAUUACCCAGUUGAGAAUUUAUCAUGGUCAUGAUAAUCAUCACUCACUGGGCUGACUGGGCAUGGCAGCAAGGGGAAACCUGAGGCAGAGAUAUUUCAGAAGAGAGGGGGGAAAAAAAACACAGUUGACAGUAGAAAGAAGGCUGAAUUGGUGAUGAUGGUCUACAAUGGUGGCCUUCUUUCUUAUCAGUUCUUUCUCAUUAUGACCCCUCUUGGCUCCUAGAGCCCCUAGACUUAAUCAAAGGGAGGAAGGGGUCCUGCUGUGCAGCUGCCCCCCGCUUUUCUUUCUUUCUUUCAGUCAAAUAUUGAAUGAAGAAGGAAGGGAUUUUAGCGAAUUGGAUUAUAAGAGACGAGUGUGAGUGCUCCAACACUAAAAUGGUUAGUUAGCCUUCGAGCCCCCUGUACUUUGGUCAACUAACAAACAAGUCCUCGAACUUUCAGUUUUAGCACAUAGUGAGGGGACAGCUUCAUUGGCAUUUGGCAGGCAGAACUACUGUGUUCGUUAAACUUCUUGUGGCAUAAGUAGUUGGUUAAAAUUGAAAGUUAAGUGGCUUGUUUGUUAGUCGAGACAAAGUGCAGUAGUCUAAAUGUGACUCGUAUGUGAGUUCUGGAUUUCUGGUUAUUUUUCCUCCCUCUCUUUUUGGCUACAAGGAAAAAGGAGCUGGCUGUGGCUGCGUCUUGCCAAUCUUGCUGGAUGGUGUUGGAAGAGAGGGUUUAAACUUUAAAGCUUUUUCUAUUCUUAUUUUCAUGAGCAAUUCUGAUAUGUUAUAAAGCAUUGGUGCUUUAAUUUACAACUUGAAAAUUGUACCAUAACGCUAAAUGUAUAAGUUGAUAUUGUACCAUAAAGAAAUUUGUACCC